CAUUCUUUUCUGAUUCCUGUUAGGCGCUGUGUUGGUUGUCGGCGAGCUGCAACGCGACAGAUGAUUUCAGAACCAUUUAGUCUCAGAAGAUUUAUCCCGAUAUGUCUGAGGUUGAGAAACAUGUGCUAAAUUUAGUAUGUGGUCAGCGCUCUGUUGAAAAAUGGACUUUGCGAUCCAAGAGUGUCAGUGUAGAAAUCAUCUCUCUAGGUUGUGUCAUAACCUCCAUCCAGACACAUGACCGGAAUGGACAUAGUGCGGAUCUAGUGUUAGGCUUUGAUGAUCUAGAAAGUUACCUCACUAAUCCAAAAUACUUUGGAGCCAUGAUAGGAAGAGUUGCAAACCGUAUUGCUAAGGGUCAAUUUAAAAUUGAUGGGAAAGUAUAUAACCUGGCUGUUAAUAAUGGGCCCAAUUCCCUGCAUGGUGGGAUCAGGGGCUUUAACAAGGCUGUGUGGAGCUGUGAGCCUGUGCCUAAUGGAGUGAGACUAAGCCACAUGAGUCCUGAUGGUGAUGAGGGCUAUCCUGGCAACCUAAAGGUUUCUGUUACCUACACACUGGAGGAAAGCACAUUAAGUGUACAAUACUGGGCUCAAACUGACCAAACAACACCCAUCAACCUGACCAAUCACACCUAUUUUAACCUGGCUGGACAGGGUGCACCAGACAUUUAUGACCAUGAAGUAAGCAUCUCAGCAGAGGCAUACCUUCCUGUAGAUGACACCAUAAUUCCUACAGGAGAAAUUAGACCUGUAGAAAAUUCGCUCUUCGACCUCCGCAAGCCUGUUCUUCUUGGGCCUCGGCUCAGGGAACUUCCUGGCCCUGGAUUUGACCACAAUUUCUGCCUUUGGCUUCCAGAACAAUCAAAACAAGAGAUGAAGUGUGCAAGAGUGGUGCAUCCUGGAACAGGGCGUGUUCUGGAGGUGAGCACCACCCAGCCUGGUGUUCAGUUUUAUACCUCCAACUUCCUGGAUGGCACUGUUGGAGGGAAAGGUGGGACAUCAUACCCAAAACACAGUGCUUUUUGUCUGGAGACACAGAACUGGCCAGAUGCUGUUAAUCAGCCAAAGUUUCCUGAAGCUCUGCUAAAACCAGGGGAGGAAUACAUUCACACUACACGCUUUACUUUCACAGUUGUCUGAAACAUAAAUGAAGACAAAACAGAUUAUUAAAGUGAUUUACCAGUUAAAAAAAAGCCAUGUUCAAUUAAAGGUGCAUUAUAUAAUCAGCAGCUUUUUAAUAAAAUGCAAAUGAAUGAACUUUUGUUCAUUUUGGUGAAAUAAAAAUGCAGAGAUCAGUUUCAUAGAAAAUGUUUUUAAUCUGAAGACAGUUAUAAAGAUUAUUUUUGCAUAUGACACUUCUUUAAAUUGUUUGCUAAAUAUCAGUGUCUCGCUGAUAUUUUACACUGUCCUGUAUUUAUAGUAAUACUAAGCAAUACUACUUAAUUAAAUAACAUUCAAGAC